AUGAAUGCGUGGAUUUCCAAUAGCAGAAGGUCUAAGAGAAGGUAUUCAGACAUAUCGUUUAUUAGCAAUUAUGAGGAUGAGAGCUUUUCAGACGAAUCCCCUAUGAUUGAACCUCUAACAGAUGCUUGAUUUCCAAGUAGACAAAUAACUAGGAGCAAUUUAAUUAGUAUUUCCUUUCUGGAAAGCGAAGCUUUUUCACAGAAAACUUUUAUAAUCCAGCCCGAAAGCAAAUUUAAACUAUUCUGGGAUAUUUUUAUCAGCAUUUUAAUAGCAAUACAGUUGGUAUAUACUCCUAUUGUUCUUUUUUUAGCAGAUACAGAAAGCAAAACCCUGAAAUUUACAGAUCUUGUUUUGAAUGAAUUAUUUAUUUUGGACAUCAUAGUCAAAUUCAAUACUGCUUCCUAUUCUAAAGGACACAUAAUCAAAACUAGACUUGAAAUUGCAAAAAAAUAUUUAAAAUCCUGAUUUUUGUAUGAUAUAAUAACUAGUAUCCCAAUUGAAGAAUUAUAUGAGCUCUGCAACCCAGUAGGGUCAGAAAACCCUAACCACAUGUAUUUUAGCCUUCAUCGAAUAUUUGAAUACACAAAAAUAAUAAGGACUGUAAGAGUAAUCAAGCUAGCUAACACUAUGACUCUACUAGAAGAUUUUAUCCCUAAUCAAAAAUUUGCUAUUAUUUUCAGAUUCUUUAAGCUUAUUUUAAUUGCUUUUUAUGUAAAUCACUAUGUGGCAUGCUUAUGAUACUAUAUAAAUUUUUUGGAUUCUUUCAUAUAUCCUGUCACUUGGUAUGACAAACUCCGCAAUUAUGGAGACUUUAAUAUGGAAGCCCAGAAAAAGCGACAGUCAAUUUUUUUAGGACUUUUGAUUACUACUAAAUGGCUAAAAUACUUAAAAAAUACUAAAAAAAUAUCAAAAGUGUUUUUUGUUUAGAUUCAUGCUAUUAAUAUGGAAGAUCUCUAUAUUCGAGCGUUUUAUUUUGCAGUUGCAACUACUUCUACGCUUGGGUAUGGAGAUUACGCUGCUUACUCAAGAGACGCUAUGAUUUUUGAUAUUUUAAACAUGGGAAUUGCUGUUAUUAUUGUGUCGUAUAUUAUUGGGAACAUAAGUGACUGAGUCGUUGCUCAGACAGUUUUGAGAAUCGAUUUUAGCAGAAAAAUGGCAAACUUAAAUAACUACAUGAAUAAAAAAAGGCUUCCUAAAGAACUAAAAUUCAAGCUUAGGACGUAUUUUGAUUAUCUUCAGCACAACCCUCAGAUAACUCACAUUGACGAGCUGAAAGUUUUUGAUUUAUUAUCAACACCUCUCAGAGAAGAAAUUGCUGGGAUUACAAGAGGAAAAGUGUUUAAACACUGUUCAAUUUUCCAGCAACUUUAUGGGACAAAGUUGAUUAAUGAAAUCAGCAAAAAAAUAAGAAUAGAACGAUACGCACCAGAUGACGUUAUAUUCGAGGAAGGCGAAAAAAGCCACACACUCUAUUUCAUUAGUGUAGGAAUAGUUGAAAUUUACCAUAAGCGAACUUUGACUAUUUUUAAAGAACUCAAUGAGGACUCUUAUUUUGGAGAAAUUGGAUUUUUUGCUAUGCAUCCGAGGACCGCUAGUAUACGAUGUAUAGCAUUUUGCGAGUUUAUUGUAUGUGACAGAAACGAUUUAAAUGAAAUCUUAAAAACAAAACCCGAAGCACAACAGAGAACUGCGAUGCUUUAUAAUUACUGUCAAAGAGAUACCCCUAAUAGGUACUCAAUUUUAGGUAUAAAAUGCUAUCUAUGUGGAGUCACAGGGCAUGCUGCAGCUCAUUGCUAUAAAGUUUUGAUAAAAAAAGGUGACGAGCAAAGCAAAGAGAAAUGGCUUAAAGAAAGAGAAUAUGGCAAAAAAAUCCAAAGUGAAAUUAUAACGAGGCUUAAAAGAAGAAAAAGCCAUAAACGGCCUGAAAAAUACUUCGCAAAAAGUCCAAUUGGAUCAGUAAAGCACCUUGAAGAUUCUUUUAAAGAAAAUUCAGCCUUGGUGCAGAAAAUGCGAAAUUUUCUUGAUGCUGUCCGCGAAGAGCAAAUAAAGUCAAUUAAAGUUGACAACAGCAGCAAUUUCGCAAGAAAAACCUAUUUAAAUGUGAUUGGAAAUUCAUCAAGCGAAUCCAGUGAUGAAGAAUUCAGUCCGAGAAAAUUUUCUGAUUUAAGUGGAAGAAGCAGGCUAUCGUAUGUAAAUACUGAUAAUCUGUUUAGAUUUAGAUCUGAUAAGACAAGCGCAAGAGGAUCAUCUAAUCGAGAAGAAAUUUCGUUUUUUGAUAUUGACGAGAAGGUUGGGUAA